CUCUCUUCUUGUAUGCAUGCAUGCACCAUGCUCCAGCUCGGACAGUUUAUUAACGCCCGGGUAGCAGAGCUGAGAAGACAACUAUGAUAAGGCUAUGAAUGCAUUCGCCUUUUUCUUUUCUUUUUUUUCUUUUCCUUCCUUUUCCUACUUUAUUUAUGGUCACUUGAAGCCAUUCUAUGUUCCGGUUCCAGAUUUACAGUACUCCAUUCAGCACUACCUGCGUAUGUUAGUAGUGACCGCGGCGGUAAGAAGACUGUUUCAUAUCCAGUCGACGGGUGGCCAUGGCGAAAUGUAUCCUUGCUCCCACAGCAUUCACAGCUGAGGUCCUAGAAUAAAAUGUCUCAGGGUGACUUGCCACCCAAGUAGAAGC